CUAGUUGUCCGGUCUGAAGUCCAGGGCUGAGGAAAUAAAAUUAUCGCCUGUUGCUAACCAUGGCGUUACCAAUGCUGCCUGGAAAUUCAAUCAAUAGAAAUCUUGGCAAAGAGAAAUUUCACAAGUCUCAGCAUUUUGAUCAUUCAAAUGGAGUACCCAUGAUGAUUGGGGCAGAAAAGCCAGGCAUUGGAGGGGAACUGCUUCUGGGACAGAAGGCGAGACCCAAAUAUUCACUUUUUCCUAAGGGAGAGGGCAGUGAUGCCCCAGCAUGGGUAGCCUUUGACAAACAGGUCCUGUGCUUUGAUGCUCAUUUCCAAGAAUCUGUUCCUCAAAGCAGGGAAGAGAAAUACAGAGUAAGAAAGUGUAAGAUUUACUUCUACCUGGAGGAUGACACCAUACAAGUGGUGGAGCCAGAGCUCAAAAACAGUGGGAUCCCACAGGGGACCCUGAUUCGGCGCCACCGUAUUCCUCUCCCAGCACCUAAAGAUGACUGCUUCUACAACGUGCAUCAUUUUAAUAUCAAUCAGGAAAUAGUGCUCUAUUCCAGGACUUUUAUGAUUACAGAUUGUGACCCCUUCACAAGCAACUUCUUGAGAAAAAUGGGGGUGCGCAUAAACUCCAGUGUUUCAUCACCAGAAGAUCCCUAUACCACCUAUCGUGGAGAGAUGGAGAAAAACAUGAACCCAUUGCGUCCUUAUGAAAGAAUAGAUAGACUUAAGCAGUUUUUGGACCAUGACCCCAAAAUUCUGCGAUUCUACUGCUAUUGGGAUGAUACUGAGAGCAUGUUCGGAGACCCAAGACAACUGACCUUGCAUUACUUCUUGGCAGAUGAUACCAUAGAAAUUUAUGAAAUUCACCAUCCAAACACCGGUCGGGAUACUGUUCUGAAAUUUUUGCACAGGGGUAGGCUUCCCAAGCAUGCUCCUAUUCCCAAACAUCAGCCUGGGGAAAUAACGGAUCGCACAGUCCUUAAUGUAUUUGGACCAAACGGACAAGGAGGACGCUACAUUUUAGAUAGCCUUAAAACUGGAGCUGUGGAAGAAGAAUUCUACAAAGACAGUGACUUGACCAUAGGGGGCGUCAUUAACGUGUGGGGUCGUAGGAUGCUGAUAUGUGACUGCGACAACUUUACUAAAGAGUAUUAUCGCUCCAAAUAUGGUAUCGAGGACUUUACGCCUGUUUCAUACAAGGCCCCGCCCCCUGCUAAACCAACCAGACAGGUACCACCCUACACUGGAUUUGGAUCUGAGGAAGACUCUCUGUGCUCCUGUCAGAGAUUGUUGCCUAAGCCUCCACAGAAAGAUUUCAGAAAGAUGAUGGAGAAAGACAGACAAGGUCUGGUGAGCAACGUAUUGAGAUUUGUGGGGAAAAUGCUGACAGACAGCCCUGUUGAUAAGGAACGUGUUUUCAUCAUCUCAUACUACCUCAGUGAUGACACAAUCGCAGUUUUUGAACCGCCUCAAAGAAACUCAGGUGUGGCCGGGGGUAAGUUCUUGGCGCGAAGCCGAGUUAAGAAGCCAGGACAGGAGCUCUUUAAGAGCGAGAUGUCGGAGUAUUUCACAGCUCAGGAUCUGUAUGUCGGGGCUAAACUGCAUCUAAAUGAUCAGCCUUUCCAAUUGCUUGAUGCUGAUGAAUUUACAUUCAAUUACAUGGAGCAGUAUGCGGAAGAGUUCCCCAGGUCCAACGUUGGCACCAUUAUAAGUAAGAUAAAGUCCGUCGGCGAGGAGAAGCAGAAGAAAGUAAAACAGUUCUUCAUAAUGAGUGAUCCAGGCAACACUGGCUUUCUUCCAUAUGAGUCAUUCAGGACUUUGCUGGCAGAUAUUGACGGUCAGUUGUCCGAGCAUGAGAUCAUGACUCUGGGUCGCAUGUAUUCGGUACGCGAGCAGCCAGAGGUGGAUGUAGGUCUCAUGCUUGCUGUGGCUCAGGAUCACCUGAAGAAAAAACAUUUUGAGAAGUUCUCAGAUAUGGUGCAAGCUUUCACACAUGAGGAUCGUGAAAGAUCUGGGCAUCUCUGCUCUAAAGAGGCACGGAUCAUCUGUAAAGCCUUUCGACUGCCCCUGUCUGAUGACCUGCUAAGAGCCCUCCUUAAGAUGUUUCAGGAUGAGUCUGAAAAGAUUGACUACCACGCCUUCCUAUCAGGUCUCAACUGGAGAGAGAACCCUGCUCCAGCCGUGCUACCUGAUGUUACCUUAAAGUUUGAUGUAGACUGGAGAGGGGAAGCUGUAGGCCCUGCAGUUAAAACCAUCAACUACUCGCUCUUGCUAGAGGACAUCUUUGGCAGUACCAUACAAACACCAGACAAACUUUAAUGACAUCUGAAAACAGCCUCCUAUCAGGGAUCCUCAAUGGCACCACAUCAACUUUGUGUUUUGCAGAGAUUAAAUAUGCAUUGAUGAGAAUUGUUGUUUUCAUGUGCAUGUUACAAUUUUACUAUACCCUCUG